AUGAGGCUCAGUCGGCCCACUUUGAUGGGAGCAGUCGCUCUGCUCCCAAUUGCUGCCGCGCUGGACAACGGAACCGCCAAUGGCGACUUGCUGGACAUUGGCAUCACAAUCACCCUUUGGGAGACGAUUGAGAUUUGGAAAACGGUGACUGUGACGUCUCCGCCAGAGAGGACGACCACGGUGACCGUGUACCCGUCUACUUGCCCGAGCUCCAGCACUAGCUGGUGGCCCCCGACUCCUUCGUUCUGUGAACCCAAGACGAUUACAACUGAGACGGAAACCACCAUUGUGACGACUAUUAACUCGGGGACUGUCAUCACGGUCACAUCGCCCAUUGAGACGACUACGACGACAACAACAACAACAACAUUGUUGACAACCGUCCCUGGUCAGACCCCUGUUCCAGGUCCAACUGUGACUGUGUCAACGACAGAAAAUAUUACCGAAACUGUAACUGCUCCUGGAGGAACAGACACCAUCACGAUUUCAGGAACCACUGUUACCUUACCUGGUACCACUGUGUCUACGACAGAGGAUAUUACAACAACUGUAACCGCUCCUGGAGAAACAGAAACUACCACACUUUCAGGUACAACUGUUACUGAGCCGGGAGCCACAGUUACUGAAUCUGGGACGACUACCACUGUUACCGAGCCUGGAGCUACUGCUACAGUUACGGAACCUGGGGCCACAGUUACUGAGCCUGGGAAUACCGCUACUGUCACUGAGCCGGGGGCCACGGUUACGGAACCUGGAAGUACUUUUACUGAGCCCGGGACUACUGUUACUGAACCUGGGGCCACAGUUACGGAGCCUGGAACCACCUCGACAGUGACUACUGUUAUCAUAACAACUUUGCCAGGGACAACAGUUACCACUGUCAGCACUAUACCACCAACUACGCUGACACUACCCCCCUCUACAAUCACUCUUCCGGCCUCAACGACUACCGAGACAACAACUCUACCCCCUACCACUGUGACUGCAUCAGGAACAGUGACUACUCUGCCUGGAUCCACUGUUACAUCUACCAGAACAUUACCUCCUAGCACAACUACCUUGCCUGGAACAACCUCUACUGUUCCUGCAAGUACUGUUACAACAAUAACUACCCUGCCUGGGACAACGUCAACUGUCACCACAACUAGUGUUGUCACUCAAACCGGGGAAUCCGGAACAAGUCCUGGCCAAACUUUUUCGGCUACGGUUUCGGGUACGGUGACGACCUUGACAGUCUGCCCAAGCCGCAUUGUCAAUCCAACAUAUACCCCCCCGGCGCCGCUUCCGACUGACUACACCUGGGGUUGUCCACCUGGUUUCAUCUGCCAUCCUAAAAACACACCCAACGGCGUUGCCUGUAAUUUCGAGGCAGGACCCCCGGCCGACUCAUAUGUCUGUAGCCCGGAUGAGUGUAUACCUGCCCCAAAGCUGCUCCCUGAUCAGUAUUGGGGUCCGCCGGUGACAUCAGAUGAGAUUGGUAAAUUCAAUGUCACGCCCGGAUAUUUCAAUCUCGACCCCACGAAAUUCGGUCUGAACUAUAGUAUCUUUUCAUUCCCCGAGGGAACACAAGUCCAAAAGCGCAACUCUGGUCAAUGGGGCGAGCUUCUGGGUAAACGGCAAGCAAGCGGGGCACCGCUCAUUCCAGGUGUUUGUUACGAUGAGUGCAACGACGCCAUGCUCGAAGCAGAGUCGUUCGGGAAGACACCUCGUCUGUGCCGCUCAGACUCCGCAUUCACAAGGGACGUCAACAAUUGCAAUGAGUGCAUAGAUUAUCAUGGAAAAGGUGUUACUCUCGGUCCCUUGCCUGAGUUCGAGCAGUUCCUUUGGUACUGCGAAAUGCUGGGCAUUGGCUCUUCAUCCUCUCCGCUUCCAGAUAUGCAGUCGUCGUCCACGUCGACAGCAGGGACCAGUACUGCUACCAGCUCGCCGAUCACCACGACAUCUCCGUCGUCGGUGUCAAGUUCUUUAUCAUCUGGACUUCCGUCCACUUUUACGACAGUGUCAGGCACUAGAACCUCGGAAGCGUCAGGCACGCAGGCUACAUCCUCUACAGGAGCUGCAUCCUCUACAGGAGCUGCAUCCUCUACAGGGAGCUCUGGAGUGGCCACAACUAGUGGCGUGAGCGUAACGGGCAGCGGGAGCACGGCCAGUAGUGCACCCUCGGGAACCCUUACUGCGCCUACGUCUUUUGCAGGGAACGGGACCGGCACUCUAGGUACAGGAACCAGUAAGAUAUCUGGUGUCAGCCCGUCGAGCUCGUCUCCCAGUCUCUUUUUGGGAGCCGGCAGUCUCAGUCGGAAGCCUAUGCCGCUGAAUUGGCAGAUGACGUUCUGCAUGGUUGUUGCGGGAGUUCUUACUUCACUUGUCUGA